UACGCUGCUCCUGCUUGCGGCGCGAGGGAAUAGCGUAAUUUUAACAGCGCUGCGGCGGGAAAGGCUCUGUGACUGAUGGUUACUAUAUGAGACGAAACAAUUUCUAAACGAAGUCCUGCGCGUGUAGGAAGUAGAACAGUAAGUUAUCAGUGUUUAGUCUCGCGCUUUAGGGAGCUUCAGUAUUUUCGGCAUUAUUCGUCCCUUAUCUCACCGGCGCCGGCGUCGGAAUCAACGACGGGUUCGCUGCCAACUUGAAUCUUUAGCAAAUUCAUCUUCGUUUUGCUUACUGAGUUACACUGAGAGAGUUGAACAACUUGUGAUUUUCUUCCCAUUUUAUGGAGCUAUUUAAUGUUCACUGGACCAGUUUUAGGAGGACAGGUAGGAGAUGCUCUGUUGUCUUGUACAGGCAGUGUAACAGGUACCUUUCUCAGAGGAGGAGUUUAAGGUAAAAUGGGCAAGGGAAGUACUGCAAUACAGGGACUCCGGUGGUCUUCGGAUUGCUGGUGCAGACAUCGAGGUAAGGACAGGAAGGAAGUGGAGAAUGAUGCUGGCUGCGACAGCACGGCGUGCUGGUGGUGGGUACAGUAGCAUCUGGAGGAGCAGGUCUGCUUAUCGCCCAUCAUGGCGAUACAUGGAAGUCCAGGGGAAGGAGAGGCAGGAGGCGAUAAAGGAAGAGGUGCGUGCAGAAACGGAAGAAGAACAGAUGUCCAGGAAGAUAGGGAUGCAGCAGCAGGGAGUGUGGAUGAGCUGGGAACAAGCCCAGGAAUCUAAAGUCUCAUAUUUGACAGUUUUCUGAACUGGACAUGAUGAAUUUGAGCUCAGUGUUCCUGAUCUUCACUGGGUUUCUAGCUGAACUCUUUGCAUCGCAAGUUGUGUCCCUGAAAGGCACUGCUGUCUUGUUCUGCUAUAGAACACAAAACACUCCAGCAGAGCAGCAAGAUGUGAUCUGGAGGAUAGCUGAAGGCCAACUUGUUGCCCAGUGGUCCCGGGGGCGGUUCACAGCAGGCCCUGGGUACGAGGGCAGAGUCCAGCUCUCUGAGAAAGGGAUAGAGGGUGGAAACUUCUCUUUAACCAUCUCACCUGUUGAGUACAAUGAUGAAGGUUCAUAUGACUGUUUCACAGGGUUUGAUCAUCUUGCUGUGGUGACACUAGGUGUUUCUGUGUCCACAGACAGGAAUAUCACUGCACAGGUUGGGGACCCUGUCACUCUCCCCUGCUAUGCCAACGUCGGCAAACAGGCAAAUCUCAGUCAUCUUAACAUCCGCUGGGAGAAAGAUGGACAGACUGUGCUGGAUAUCCAGUCUGGUACAGGCUCCGGCUUCAAGAACAGAGUCAGUUUGUCUCCAGACCGUGUUCGUGUGGGUGACCUGUCACUGACCAUCAGCGCGGUGCUUUUCUCGGACAGAGGAGCUUACCGAUGCUUCUUCAGCAAUGAUAUAGGGACACCUGAAGGGAUUAUUCUUUCUAUUGCAGGCCGUCAGUCAAACAUCACCAUCCAGUCACCUGAGUCCCUCCUCCUGCCGCUCCACACUAAGGAACCAGUCCAUGUUCUCUUCAGUUCUGGUGGCUGCACCAGGCAUCUGUCCACAACUCAACUCUGA